AUGCCUGUUCGCGCAUCUCGUCGCAGCAGAUCCACGAGUCAGUCUCCAAUACGUCGUCGACGUUCUCCGUCACAUUCUGCACCGCGUGAAACUAAAGAAAGCGUUGAUGUAGAGCCCAAGGAGAUCGUGGGGCAACCAAAUGCAAUAUCGCAAUUAAGUGAAGAGGAACAAAUGAAGUUGCUGCUAGGCUUUCAAGGCUUUGAUUCGACGAAAGGAAAGGAAGUGGACGAAAAUGCCAAAAGCGCUGCUGUGGGUACAGCUCGACGUGAAACAAAGAGAGAGUAUAGACAAUACAUGAAUCGUAGAGGUGGUUUUAACCGCCCUUUAGACAAGUCUUGA